AUGCGGAACAAACCUGAGCUGGGGUGGAUGGCUGGGUUUGUCAAGUCGCCCAUGUCAGAAACUAAGCUCACGGGGGACGCCUUUGAGCUGUACUGUGACGUGGUCGGGAGCCCCACGCCAGAGAUCCAGUGGUGGUACGCAGAAGUCAACCGGGCAGAGUCUUUCAGACAGCUGUGGGACGGUGCUCGGAAGCGCCGUGUCACCGUAAACACCGCCUACGGGUCAAACGGCGUGAGUGUGCUGAGAAUAACCCGGCUCACCUUGGAGGACUCUGGGACUUACGAGUGCAGGGCCAGCAACGACCCCAAGAGGAAUGAUUUGAGACAAAACCCCUCCAUAACAUGGAUUCGAGCCCAGGCCACCAUAAGCGUCCUUCAGAAACCAAGGAUUGUCACCAGUGAAGACAUCAUUUUCCGAGAUUUCCCUGCCCCUCCCACGACCCUGCAGUGUAACCUCACCUCCAGCUCUCACACCCUUACACACAGCUACUGGACGAAGAAUGGGGUCGAACUGACAGCCACCCGGAAGAAUGCCAGCAACAUGGAAUACAGGAUCACUAAGCCAAGAGCUGAGGAUUCAGGCGAAUACCACUGCGUAUAUUUCUUUGAAAGUGCCACUAAAGCAAAUGCCACCAUUGAAGUCAAAGCCCCUCCUGACAUCACUGGUCAUAAGCGGAGCGAGAACAAGAAUGAAGGGCAAGACGCCAUGAUGUACUGCAAGUCAGUUGGUUACCCGCACCCAGAGUGGGUAUGGCAAAAGAAGGGGAACGGUGUUUUAUUGGACAUUAGCAAUACCUCUGGCCGCUUCUUCAUCAUCAAUAAGGAAAACUACACUGAGCUGAGCAUUGUGAACCUCCAGAUCACAGAAGACCCUGGUGAAUAUCAAUGUAACGCUACCAACUCCAUCGGCACCAAAUCUGUUAUCACAGUCCUCAGGGUACGGAGCCACCUGGCCCCCCUCUGGCCUUUCUUGGGAAUUCUGGCUGAAAUCAUCAUUCUUGUGGUGAUCAUUGUCGUGUACGAGAAGAGGAAGAGGCCAGAUGAGGUUCCUGACGACGAUGAACCAGCUGGGCCAAUGAAAACCAACUCCACCAACAAUCAUAAAGAUAAAAACUUGCGUCAGAGAAACACAAACUAA